UCCUCCUUAUCCAGGGUUUCAAGAAGAGCUCAGCCCCUCACUUAGUUUCAGACCACCAAACGCUUCAUAUUGAGAGAGAGAGAGAUAGAGGCUAGAAGAAGAAGAAGAAGAAGAGAUGGAAGAAGAAGGGAUGAGUAAUGAGUACACACAAGACGGAACCGUCGAUCUCAAAGGAAAACCUGUCCUUAGAUCCAAACGGGGUCGCUGGAAAGCAUGUUCCUUCGUCGUUGUGUACGAGGUAUUCGAAAGAAUGGCUUACUAUGGGAUAUCAUCCAAUCUGAUACUGUAUUUGACAACCAAGCUCCAUCAAGGCACCGUUGCUUCAGCAAACAAUGUCACUAAUUGGGUCGGCACCAUCUGGAUCACGCCCAUCCUUGGGGCGUACGUUGCAGACGCUCACCUAGGCCGCUAUUGGACUUUUCUCAUUGCCUCCAUGAUCUACCUCUCCGGGAUGUGUUUGUUGACACUAUCAGUUUCAUUACCUUCCCUAAAGCCACCAAAAUGCAUAGAAAAGGAUUUAGCAAAUUGCAACAAAGCCUCCCCAUUACAACUAGCUGUGUUCUAUGGGGCCCUUUACACUCUAGCAAUAGGAACUGGUGGGACCAAACCCAACAUCUCCACCAUUGGAGCAGACCAGUUUGAUGAUUUUGAUCCAAAAGAGAAGUCCUCAAAACUCUCUUUCUUCAACUGGUGGAUGUUCAGCAUCUUCUUUGGUACUCUCUUUGCAAACACUAUCUUAGUUUAUGUUCAAGACAAUGUGGGAUGGACUCUAGGGUAUGCUCUCCCAACUCUAGGGCUUGCAAUCUCAAUUGGGAUCUUCUUGGGAGGGACACCAUUUUACAGGCAUAAAGUGCCCACUGGGAGUCCCUUCACAAGAAUGGCUAGGGUUAUCGUAGCCGCGAUAAGGAAAUGGAGAGUACCUCUUCCGCAAGACCCUAAAGAACUUUAUGAGCUCGAUUUACAAGAGUAUGCUAAGAAAGGAAAGUUUAGAAUUGACUCCACUCCUACAUUGAGGUUUUUGAACAAGGCAUGUGUGAAAACAAGUUCAGGAACUACUCCAUGGAUGCUCUGCACAGUGACCCAAGUAGAAGAAACAAAGCAAAUGCUAAGAAUGAUACCAAUCUUGAUCUGCACAUUUGUUCCAAGCACCAUGAUGGCUCAAACCAAUACCUUAUUUGUCAAGCAAGGAACUACACUUAACAGACGCAUUGGCAACUUCAAUAUCCCUCCUGCAAGCUUAGGAGCAUUCAUCACUGUGUCCAUGUUAGUCUCAGUUGUUCUGUAUGACCGUUUCUUUGUGAAGAUCAUGAGGAAGAUAACCAAAAACCCUAGAGGCAUCACACUUCUUCAGAGAAUGGGAAUUGGGUUAACAAUCCACAUUGUGAUUAUGGUCUCAGCAAGUUUCACUGAGAGACACAGACUUAGUGUGGCAAGAAAAAAUGGGGUUGUUGAGAAUGGAGCUCAAGUUCCUCUGAGCAUAUUCAUUUUGCUUCCUCAGUUCAUUCUCAUGGGAACUGCUGAUGCAUUCUUGGAAGUUGCAAAGAUUGAAUUCUUCUAUGAUCAAUCACCAGAAAGCAUGAAGAGUCUUGGGACUUCGUAUUCUAUGACUACCCUAGGUGUUGGCAGCUUUCUCAGCACUAUUUUGCUGUCUACUGUUUCAAGAAUCACUAGCAAUAACAAUCAUAAUCAUCACCAUGGAUGGAUCUUGAACAACCUCAAUGCUUCUCAUCUCGAUUACUAUUACGCGUUUUUCGCGGUGCUCAACUUGUUGAACUUCUUUUUGUUCAUUGUGGUGACCAAGUUUUAUGUGUAUAGAGCUGAAGUAUCGGAAUCCAUUCAAGUUCUCACUCAAGAGCUGAAGGGGGACGAAGUGAAUCCAAGACAUCUUAGUUAGUUGCCUUGAUUUGAUUAAAAAAAAUGAUAAUAAAGAUUUAUAGCUUUUGGGAUCAUGAUGAGUGAUUGGGUGUUUAAUUCUAUAGUGUCCUUGUUUUUUUUUUUUGG